UAACUUUAGAUUUAUGUUUGUAUUUGUUAUUUUUAUAAAUUGAGAAGAACGAAAAAUCUAUUUUUUUUAUCAAAAUUUUAAUAUGUCAAGUUUCUGGGACAGACCUGGAGGACAGAAUCAAUAUAUAGCGGCAUUUUUUGCAUCCCUUAGCGUAUUUACCUGUGGUGCCACAAUCGGCUGGGCCGCGCCUGCACAGAUCGAAGUUAUGGAGAAAAAAUAUUAUGGCUUUCCAGUAAGUCUCACCGAAUAUGCCUGGACCUGUGCACUGGCCACUUUAGGGUGCGGCCUAACCGUAAUGCCGGCCGGAGCAUUAGCCAAUUGUGUUGGCCGCAAGGUGGCUAUGUUGCUACUGAUGCCUCCAUAUUUAGCUGGAUGGGCUCUAACGAUUUAUCCGAUUAAUUUGUACCUGCUAAUGUUCUCGCGACUAUUGCAAGGCCUAUGCAGCGGCUUUUAUGCAAUGAUUACACCCAUAUAUUGUCUAGAAAUUUCGCAACUGGAAGUGAAGUCAUAUAUUGUCAAUUUCACGAUGGUAUUCUAUUUGAUGGGAAUCCUAUAUUCUUAUAUCCUGGGCACUGUCAACGAUAUGCUCUAUCUAAAUUGUGGGUGUGCUGUUUUUCCCGCAUUAUUUUUGCUCACUUUCAUAUGGAUGCCGGAGUCGCCAGUCUAUUAUGUGCUUAAGGACAAGAAGAUGAAGGCAAUUCGUUCGCUUCAAUGGCUACGAGGCACGCACAUGGACGUAUUAAGAGAGUAUGACCACAUUUUUAAAGGAAUCGAACAGAUUCGGGAGAAUAGUUCGUACACUUGUCGAAAACUAAAGCACAAAGCUUCGAUAAGGGCUAUGUUGACAUGCAUAUGCCUGAUGGGCUUCAAGCACCUUUGUGGCAGCGUGGCCAUUCUAACGUAUUCUACAUUGAUACUAACUGACGCCGAUAGCCAAAUUUUCCUGAACGUCAAAGUUUCCACCAUAUUUAUUGGCCUAUCUUUCUUACUAUCUGGCAUAAUUUCAUUAAUCGAUUGCGCUGGGCAUCGGAUACUGAUGAUUUGGUCAGUCGUUAUGGUGGCUCUAAAUUGUACUGUGCAGGCCACGUAUUUUCAGCUUAAGGACAACCAUGAGUACGCGAUUCAGUGGCUACCCAUUGUAAACCUUUGCUGUUUCUUUUUCUUCUUUGGACUGGGUGUGGGCGUUUUGCCAUACGUCAUAAUGCGAAAGUACUUUGGAGAAAACAUUGACGUUAUGGCAUAUAGUAUAAUUUGGACGUUUAACUGUCUAUUCGCAUUUGCCAGCGCAUUGCUAUUUCCCUAUUUACUGCAAAUUGGGAAUAUGUCAUUGUGUUUCUGGAUUUUUACAGCCAUUGCAUUUUUGUACUUAAUAUUUGUAUACUUUUUUGUACCAGAGACGAAAGGGAAGACCUAUGCCGAAAUCAAAGAAAUGUUGAACAACUAA